GGAGUCCUCUGUCUGUUUUACCAGUUGAGAAGCCUCCUAUCCCUCCCUGAUCACUCGUCAUUCAUGAAGCUCCUUCUUCUGUUUUUGACUGUUACCCUGCUCCUGGCCCAGGUCACCCCAGUCAUGAAAUGUUGGGGUAAGUCAGGCAGGUGCAGAACAACAUGUAAAGAAAGUGAAGUAUACUAUAUAUUAUGCAAAACUGAGGCUAAGUGCUGUGUGGAUCCCAAGUAUGUACCUGUAAAACCAAAAUUAACAGACACAAAUACAAGCCUGGAAUCAACUUCUGCAGUCCGACACCUCUCUUCCAACCUUGAGUCUCAACAUCAUGGAAUCCUGCAGUUCUAUUAAAUCAUUCUUGGCAA